ACUGCAUGGGUCCCUGUUCUUUCCAUACCUGCGAUGUUUCUCUCUCAGCUGUGGCAGCUCAGCGCCUCACCUCUUUUUCAGAACAAUGGGCUUCGGUGCAAGGUCCAUUAGCACAUGAAAGGGCGUGAGAGAAAGUAAUGCGUGGCGUUUUAAUAGACGAGGAGAGGGAGUUCAAAGCACCUCUGCACCACCUGACUUCCUUGGGACGGUCCCACAGCCGCGUGUUUUUCUCUGCAUGGGAAUGGAGCAGACUCACCCAUUAAAGAAAAGAGAUUAAAUCAGAUGAAUACCAAGAUUAUAGACUAUAUUUGACAGAACAGAAAAAGGCGAGAACAUUUCAAAAAGCUGUUUUUUGCCAACUGCGUUAUUGCCUUUACUGGAAGCGCAAGGAGGGCGAGGGGAACAAGGGAGCACGCGUCCAAUACGGAGGAGCUGCAAAUGUGCGCGCUUUAAUUCACAAGAUGGUUCGCUUCAUUUACAACCCGCCUUGUUAUAGGCUAUUUAAAACAAACGCGUAGCCUACAGAGGAAGCGCCCUCUCGGAUGUAUCGAAGCGUACGGUAAGGAUGCUGCGCUCACUAGGAGCAGGUGUAUUCAGCCAAGUGGAGGCGCAGGGCACAGAGCAGGAGCGACGCACGACAAAACGCCAAACCACAACAUCGCCUGCUACAAAAGGAAAACACCUCAUCUUGAGACGUGCUGCUUGAUAACGCGCCUCUUCCAAUCGUAAUGGAAGGAUUCCUCUUUGACAUAAUCGUAUGCAAGUAUGCCUGGAGCACUUCUGUCAGCGGAGUCCCUUUACAUCGGGAUGGAGGUGCUGAUUGCAGUCGCGUCAGUAAUCGGGAAUGUGAUGGUGGUAUGGGCGGUGAAAAUUAAUAAGUCGUUGCGAGAUAACACUUUCUGCUUUAUCGUGUCCCUGGCCCUGGCGGAUAUUGCAGUGGGAGCCCUCGUCAUCCCGUUGGCCAUCACCAUCAGCAUCGGACUCCAAACUCACUUUUACAGCUGCCUUCUGGUCGCGUGCACGGUGCUGGUGCUGACGCAAAGUUCAAUCCUAGCCCUGCUGGCUAUUGCGAUCGACCGCUAUCUCAGGGUCAAGAUCCCGACCAGGUACAAGCAGGUGGUGACCCCUCGACGAGCAGGACUGGCUGUGGUGAUAUGCUGGACAGUCGCUUUCAUAGUGGGCCUGACACCCAUGUUAGGCUGGAACAACCUGCACCGCCUCCAGCAGAACAGCUCCAUCGGCUCUGACCUUGUCAUCACCUGUCAGUUUGAAAACGUCAUCAGCAUGGACUACAUGGUGUAUUUCAACUUCUUUGGCUGGGUGCUGCCGCCACUGGUGCUCAUGCUGGUCAUCUACGCAGAGAUCUUCUACAUGAUCCACAAGCAGCUAAAUAACAAGAAGCUCACCAGCAGUCACACGGACCCCAACAAGUACUAUGACAAGGAGCUGAAUCUUGCUAAAUCAUUGGCGUUGGUCCUUUUCCUCUUUGCCAUCAGCUGGCUCCCCCUCCACAUCAUCAACUGCAUUACACUCUUCUGCCCUAAUUGUAAGAAGCCUAUUGUCCUCCUCUAUAUCGCUAUCCUGCUCACUCACGGCAACUCUGCUGUCAACCCAAUCGUCUAUGCUUUCCGCAUUAAGAAGUUCCGCACGGCCUUCAGGAAAAUCUGGCAGCAAUACUUCUGCUGCAAGGACACGCCGGCUCUGGAGAUUCAGCCCAGCGACAGGAAAGAGAUGCCCAAUCCUGAGCCACAGCAGGCAGCACCAGCACAGAAGGAGUUCUUAAAGCCGGAUCUGCUGCAACAGCAGCAGCUGCCUCCAUCUGAGCAGCAGCCGGACCAGAGAACCGAACCUCCUCAGGAACCCAAAGAGCAUCCGCCCUCCCUGGAGCAGCACACUGUCUAAUCAAGGAAAGCAGAUGAUUGCUGGCUGGGAAAGUGAUAAUCAGUGCACGAGCAUUGUUUCUCUCCUCCAUUGAAUGUAGUCCAAUGAGGAGUACGAGAUGCUUCGAUGCUGUAAAGACAGAGGAGACUUGGAUCUUAAAUCUCCAGCACUGGAAGAUGGUUCAUCCAUAAUGGUUUAUGUUUCUUCAGCAGUUGUGGAUUUACUGAAAGAUCUGAUGAAAAGGCUAUCUUGCAAUAAUGGAGCCUUUUCGACAGUGCUGUCUUUCUUAGUAACAGACUGAAGACUUGUAGCUUUAAUGUUUUAUACAACAUGUGCUGAUGUGGUUUACCAGUAUUAGAUUAUCAUAGAAUGAAAGUUUCGUGUUAGAGCAGGUUCAUCUUCCUGCUGUAGAGCUGUGUGUAUGUGUAAACUGACGGUGACUGAAAAAUCUGAAUGUAAUUAUAAUGUAAAUAAGACUUUGACAGCACAGCUGUUAACGCUCAACUCUUCUUCAGGGUCUUAAUCGCACAACAGUGAUCGCACAAGCAGCACUAUGGGAGAGAUUUUUGCAGCAAGAAGGUGUGUAUGCGCUGGUAGAAGGGUUUCGUAAUCCCCUAACUCUUCCCUACUGGAGCUGAAUCCCUCAGUGAUCCAGUAGCGCUGAUCCAUUACAGAAGAGAUGGACAAGGAUAAGACACGAGCAGCUGCAGGAAAAAGGAGGUUUUAACCUUUUUAGAAGCUGCCUGCAGGAGACUCGUGGCUGUAAGACGACAGCUACUCAUGUGGGAGAAAGACAAGAUGCACUUAAGCUCAUGUUUAUCCAGCCUUCAUCCCAGCUGGAGGUACGAGCAGCAGGGUUUUUUUUUUGGUUUUUUUUACCUUCAUAAACUGAAUAUAACAUUCUCACAUCUUACCACUAGAUACAGUGGCUUCCAUGGCCUUUUUCACUCAUUUCCAGUAUGGACUGUAUUAGAAGAAAACAAGCUGAAGAUCGUGCGUAUCUGUUAUACAGUGUUAGCUUCAUUUUUUUGCUUUAUUCGAAACUUGGACAUUUGUAAAGUAGAAAUUAAACUACUUCCAAUGCCACUGACGUACAUGUAUGCGAAUGUAAAUUACUUCAUUUUAUCUCUUGUAAAGACUCAGAGCUCUGGCCAAGGCAGUUCCUAAAUGACAAUCUCUUAUGUUAGCAAGGUUUGCAUAUAUACAGAUUAUUGUCUUGGUUAGCAUCUUUAACUGGAGCAGGAGGUGAACUUUUUUUAUGUUAACUGAGGCAAAAAGUGUCAACAGAAACCCUGAUAGAAGCACAUCAUCUGUAUCUUGAUUUUCCUUUGAAGUGUACCAGCAAGGUGGACUGUGACAACACAAAAAAUGGUUGAAUAAAUGUGAAAAAUAGUUUGCGUUCUGUAGGUUUUUCUGUAGGGUACCAUGUUUACAGUUUUGUUCCUAAAAGUUUAGUAAAAUGUACCGAUUUGUUAUAUUUCUGUGAAAUGUAAUUGAAUACCUUGAUGAAAGGCUGCGGUGCAAAUGUGAUUAAUGAGCACAAAGAUUAUCCGAGAUUCCUAGAAAUUGGCGUUAUUUAUAAUUAGUUUGUAAUAUGAAAAGGUUGGAAAUGUUGUAAUCCCAGCUUGAUCAUGUUGUGUUACAUACCAAAUGUAUUGUUAUCUUUUAAUGGUUGUAUACAAGAAGAACAUUUUAGUUAAGGUAAAGAAAACA